AUGGCAUCUUUAGCCCCGCCCGAUAUACCUGAAACGACCAAAGACUCUGCAUACUCGAAUACUACUCCAAAUGACCAAGAAGAGCACAUGGAAGCAUCCUAUCGUCCCUACGUUGAGAGCGGACUCAAAGGCAUUAUCGAUUCACCUUACGUUGCUGGGGCCGCCGUUGUGAGUACGGUUGGCGGACUUCUCUUUGGGUAUGACCAAGGCGUGGUCUCUGUCGUUCUUGUCAUGGAAAGCUUCGUUCUGGAUUUUCCUCGUAUAGGCCCUCACUCUAGCGGCUUUUGGAAGGGAAUUUUGACAGCUAUGAUCGAACUUGGGGCUUUUUUCGGGGCUCUAAACCAGGGUUGGAUUGCCGAUAAAUACUCGAGGAAAUACUCUAUAAUAAUCGCUGUGGUUAUAUUCCUAUUGGGAAGCAUUUUGCAGACUGCGGCUGUCAACUUCAACAUGCUUAUCAUUGCCAGACUUGUGGGAGGCAUUGGUAUUGGUAUGCUCUCAAUGGUUACGCCCAUAUAUAUCGCGGAAAUAGCACCACCCGAAAUUCGUGGCGCGUUACUCGUCAUGGAGGAGCUUUCCAUUGUUGUAGGAAUCGUCGUUGCUUUCUGGAUAACCUUCGGCACAAGAUACUUAAGUGGCGAGUGGGGCUGGCGCCUUUCUUUCUUUAUACAAAUCGUUCCUGCCUUAUUCUUGGGAGCUGGGGUUUACUUCCUUCCAUUUUCACCAAGAUGGCUUUCUUCCAAAGGACGUGAUGAGGAGGCUUUGAAAGUCCUAUCGAAGCUGAGACAAUUGCCAGAAACCGAUUCAAGGAUCCAGGAAGAAGCACGUCAUAUACGCAACGAAGUCUCGCACAUUCGAGAUAUUCACCUACAGAAACACGAAAAUCUUAUAAACUCACCCAUGAAGUUCGAAAUAGCUUUGUGGAGAGACUGCUUUGCGUCGGAUUCUAUUAAGCGCACGCACAUUGGUAUACUUAUCAUGUUUUUCCAACAAUUCGUCGGUAUAAAUGCCCUAAUUUACUAUUCUCCAACUCUGUUUGCUAGAAUGGGCUUAGGGUCAGAGAUGCAACUUAUCAUGUCGGGCGUUCUAAAUAUCUGCCAGCUCGUUGGUGUAGGCUCUAGUCUCUUUACAAUGGAUCGAUAUGGAAGAAGGCCCUUAUUGAUCAUAGGCUCGUUUUUUAUGACUAUUAGCCAUGUUAUGAUAGCUGUCAUGGUCUGCCUAUUUUCUUAUGACUGGCAUACCCACCAAGCAGCUGCCUGGGUCAGUGUAGCAUUUCUCCUCUUCUACAUGGUGAUUUUUGGAGCAUCCUGGGGCCCUGUCCCUUGGGCAAUGCCAUCGGAGAUCUUUCGAAGCGAUCUUCGUGCAAAAGGCGUCGCUCUAAGCACUUGCUCUAAUUGGCUGAACAAUUUCAUCAUUGGUCUGAUAACGCCGCCGCUAGUAGUAUAUACUAAUUGGGGGGCGUACGUCUUCUUCGGGGGGUUUUGUGCAUUGUCUGGUGUAUGGACAUGGCUUUAUGUCCCAGAAACAAAGGGAUACUUUAAUACCAUUAAGAUGUUAGAAGCCCGCCUCGAACAAGCAGACCUCCUCAAGAAGGUUGUCGAUGCCAUCAAAGAUCUCGUUCAAGACUGCAACUUCGACUGCAAUGAUUCAGGAAUCGCGCUCCAAGCUAUGGAUAACUCGCACGUUGCGCUCGUAUCGAUGAUGCUGAAGGCUGAAGGAUUUUCCCCUUAUCGAUGUGACCGCAAUGUUGCCCUCGGUGUCAAUCUCACUUCUCUCACAAAGGUUCUACGAGCUGCGCAAAACGAGGAUAUCCUCACCAUCAAGGCCGAGGAUGCACCAGAUGUUUUGAACUUAGUAUUUGAGAGCAGUGAAAGUGAUCGUUUGAGCGAAUAUGAUUUAAAGUUGAUGGAUAUCGAUCAAGAACAUUUGGGUAUCCCUGAUACAGAAUAUGCGGCAGUCAUCAACAUGCCAAGUUCGGAGUUCAAGAGAAUCUGUGUCGAUCUCAUGGCUUUGUCCGAGUCUGUGUCGAUUGAGGCUUCAAAAGAUGGUGUUAAGUUCUCCUGUGCUGGAGAUAUUGGCAAUGGUGCUGUCACCCUUCGCAGCCAUAGCAAUGUCGACAAACCAGAUCUUAACGUCGAUAUCGAGCUUACCGAGCCGGUCUCCUUGACCUUCUCCCUCAAAUACUUGGUCAACUUCUGCAAGGCUGCUGGUUUGUCCAAGUCUGUUAAACUUUGCUUGUCUAACGAGGUUCCUCUUUUGGUGGAAUACCAGCUUGCCGGAAGCAGUUACUUAAGAUUUUACUUGGCACCAAAGAUUGGUGAUGACGAGUAG